CCCUAAACAGCUGUUCGCAGCAGCUGUUCUGCACUGUUACGUCAAAAUAAAGUAGUGAAAAGGUGCAAAUUGCGUGCGAGUUAAAUAAAAACUAUUUCCCAGGCCGGAAAACGCGUUGCCAUCGGGAUCUUUGGGCGACCCAGUUGUUGCGGAACAUGACGCCAGUUGUGGUGGCACCGAAAGGUAGUGGCGGCCUGGCCAUAUGACCUUUGCGAGCAGAGCUUCAGUCCCGAAUAUAGCCCGCAAAAAUAGUGUGACCCACAGGUAAACUGGGGUCAUCCACACAGACCUCGACCUCCAGUGACUGCAAAACCGCGUGGCUGCUUGAGCCACCGAAAUCCCCGUUCAAGUUCAAGCCGAGCCGAUCGAACUUACCUUCGUGAGCGAUCGUUUCCACCACAGUGGGACGGUGGGAUACCCACCACACCUGACCGCGCGCACGCGCAUCGAUUCAAAAGUCCACAAAAAGCGAAAACACUUCGCUGGAGCUGCUGAAGCCAAACGCAAGCAAACCGCGCUUCGCCGUCGCCUCGAAAAUCGCCAGUCCAUCGCACCUCGAAAACGCGCGUUUUUCCAAAUCCUGCGAGCCUGCAAAACAAAAAAAAAAAAACAUAAACAAAAAUUCACUAUAAUGCUGUGCACCUGUUGAGUUCUGUGCCCGUGUCUCGUUCAAGCAGCUGCAUCCUACCCUUCCCACAGCAAAAUCAACGCAUAAGCCCUGCUACACAAAAGUCCUCGCAGUCAAAACCAAACACAAAAUGGCCUGCUUGAGCACUUCCGGUCGCGUCGUGUGCGGCUCGCGUCGCCAGCAGACGCACAAGCUGCUCUACCAGCUAUUCGGAUCCCGGCCAGGAUAUACGGGCCCAUCCUCCACUUCCACCUCCACCGGAUUAUUCAGUCCACCCAAAGUUCAGCAGCAGGCCGCGCGACUCUGCCACGGAUUAAGCUUCAGCUUGGGCAAGGAUUACCCCGAUCUGCUGCAAAGCCCCCACAAGUGCAGCUCCAAGGCGAAUCUGAGGCACCACAGCUCGGUCCACACACAACAGCCAGCAGGUCCUGUGAGGGAGUUCCAGAUCGAUCCCUACAUCAUCCUCGACGACGACCUCAAGUACUUCUACGACGAUGUGAGAUAUCUGCUGAAGUCGGGCACAUCCCAGCCAGAGUUGGACACCAUUGCCAGCUAUUACUUCGAUGGCCAGGGGAAGGCUCUGCGACCCAUGGUCACCAUGCUGAUGGCCAAGGCGAUAAACUACCACCUGAACAACGAGUCACACCAAUUAGUACACAAACAGCGACAGAUCGCCCUCUUUUCGGAGAUGGUGCACUCGGCCAGCUUGGUCCACGACGAUGUCAUCGAUCAGUCGGACUUCCGACGCGGCAAGCCCAGCGUGAAUGCUCUUUGGAACCACAAAAAGGUCACAAUGGCUGGUGAUUACAUCUUAUCGAUCGCCUCGAUUAUGAUAGCUCGUCUGCGCAGCGAUGAUGUGACGAUCGUGCUGAGUCAGAUCUUGACCGAUUUGGUCCAAGGCGAGUUCAUGCAGCUGGGCUCAAGGGAGACGGAGAACGAGCGCUUCGCCCAUUACCUGACCAAGACAUACAGGAAGACCGCAUCGCUGAUCGCCAAUGCACUGAAGGCGACCGCCGUGAUUGCCCAGGCCGACGACAACGUGGCCGAGGUGGCCUUCCAGUACGGACGCAACAUCGGCUUGGCCUUCCAGCUGGUCGACGACAUGCUGGACUUCGUCUCCUCCACCGAGCAGAUGGGCAAGCCGACGGCGGCGGAUCUGAAACUGGGACUGGCCACCGCUCCCGUUCUCUUUGCAUGCGAAAAGUACCCCGAGCUGAAUCCCAUGGUGAUGCGGCGCUUCAGCGAGCCCGGCGACGUGGAGCGGGCCUUCGAGCUGGUGCACAAGUCGCACGGUCUGGAGCAGACCCGGUUCCUGGCCAAGAAGCACUGCAACGAGGCGAUACGGCUGGCCCAGGAGCUCACGGAGUCGCCCUACCAGAAGGGACUCCAGGUGGUCGCCGACUUAGUCAUCAACCGCAUGAAGUAGAGCCGCACUCCCGUGCACCCUAACAUAAACCGUAACCCGUAACCAUACCCGUAAUGCAAUAAUAAUAAUAAUAAUAAUAGUGUUAUGUAGGCCCCUCGAUGUUUGGAUUAAGUUCUGUUCAGCCGGCGGGCUACGUUGUAAACAAGAAUUAUUAUUUAGUUUUUAGGCAUUUGUUGUUGACACUGUAAAUAAUUGCAUAAACAAACCUAAUCAACACACACAAAAACACACACUAAACGGCAACGUUCGCUGUACAUACAUAAUUACGAGAUGUUCAAUGAAUUUUUGACAAAUUUUAUAUGCAAUGUUUUUCGACAAAUUUAUUUAUAUGUAUAAAGCGCGAAAUAUGAGCCAAAAGCCAACUAAAAAAGAGAGAAACGAGAAAA